AUGAGUGGGCAUCCCUCGACGGUGAUGAUAGCAAUGGUGGAGACGGGGUCUUUGGCUUCGAGGACUAUUAAAUCAGGUGACAUCCUCGUCAAGGUCAACGACACCUACGUGUUAGACCGCGACGCUGCUAGACAGGUUGGUCCAGAUGACAGGUUCAAGCCGAAAACUCUGUUGCAGCUGCUCUUUUCCAGCAUUUCUGCCAACAAACAGGUCACUCUCACCAUCGAACGAGCCAUCGGCCUCAUGUCUCUUGGACCUUCACCCCCUCCUCCUUCUGGGGUCCGUCAGCUUUUGAUUGAAAUUAUUUAGCGAUUUCUUCAACUUUCAUCUAUAUUUCGAUUAGUACUUCAUAUUUUGACGAAUUUUUAACUAAGCUGAGGUGGGUACUCUAGGGAGAAAAAGCAUCCUACGGAGGUAUACAAAAUGAUCCCUUUUGGGCCCCCUAUAGGUUCCUCUAAAUGGUCAUUUACGACCCACUUUAGCUUUUCUCGGAAUAGGGAGCUUACUUUUGUAGGAAGUUUUCAUAAUAUGAAUUGAUUUUUGAAAAUUCAGAUGAGUUCGACUCACAGUCACAACUUGCUUGAAUUUGUUUCUGAGAAGCGAAACUUCGCUCGUCUUUUUGGAACUUGUCUCAUUCUUGCAGGCCAGAACAACAGUAGCUGCUACAAGCAACAUUUCUUUGUCCAAGGAAAAGUCCUCCACCAUGACUGCAGCGCUGACCGUCAACAAAUAUCUUGACCAAUCCCUCCCGGUAGUUUUUUUUAAAGCGCCUUGAUUUUCAUCGAUUUGUUCCCUAGGCCGAUGUUUUGGAAAUAUUGUCGAGCAACAAAAACUUUUACAAAGUCGCUUGCGCCCUGCCUCCUUGCCUUAUUAAAAGCAAAGAGACGGGUACGAACUUCUCUCCAGACGAUUUCUCUAUCUCGUAUCUUCUCAGGUACAUUGAAAGUGGAUGACGGAAAACUCGAGGUGCAGAUUCCCUACGACCCGUCGCCGAAACCUCUCCAAACGACACCGAAGCGACUCGGCUCUUAG